CCCAAUCCCCAAAGGACUUUGGCCCAAACCCAUCAGCUUAAAAUCGAAAAGCAAAAAACCCUAAAUCGGACGGUGCAUAUAAGAAGAGGUAUAUUAAAAGAAAACCCUAACCCCUUCUCAUUUCUCUUCCUCUUUCACUCCUCUCCGCGCCUCUCACAGUCACACACACACCACAUCAAAUCCAAGAUGCCGUUCAAAAGGUACGUGGAGAUCGGAAGGGUAGCGCUUGUUAACUACGGAAAGGACUAUGGCAGACUCGUUGUUAUCGUCGACGUCAUCGACCAGAACCGCGCUCUAGUUGAUGCCCCGGAUAUGGUGAGGAGCCAAAUGAAUUUCAAGAGGCUUCAACUUACCGAUAUCACGAUUGACAUUAACAGGGUACCAAAGAAGAAGGUUCUUGUUGAAGCUAUGGAGAAGGCUGAUGUUAAGAACAAGUGGGAGAACAGUUCUUGGGGUAGAAAGCUUAUUGUCCGCAAGAGACGGGCAGCUCUUAAUGACUUUGACAGGUUCAAGUUGAUGUUGGCCAAGAUCAAGAGAGGUGGAUUGAUCAGGCAGGAGCUUGCAAAGCUGAAGAAAGAAACUGCUGCCUAAUAGUUUUCUAUUUAAGGAGUUUCAAUUUUGCUAUCUAUAUUCUGAAGUUUGUUCCUUUUUUUGAAUUCUAUCAAUUUGGAUUUAAAUUUUUACUUAGAAAUUGAGAACAGUUUGAGUAAAUCUUUAUUUACAUGACCUACUCUGUAGUAAGAUCUAUUGUGCAACCUUUGCUUUCACAUAAUUGUGGCUUCUUUUUCAUCUAA